ACAGACGACGCAUUUUAUUUCAAACAAAGCGCUAAAUCAUAUAAACAAUUUGUUGAAAUAACAUAAAAAAGGAUUAAAAAGGAAAUAAAACAUGUUCAGCGACCCAGCCCUCGACCGUCACUUCACUGGCCACUCGGGCAGCAUCACCCAACUGCGUUUCAGCCCCGAAGGCUCGCAGAUCGCGACAUCCUCGCUGGACGCCUCUGUGAUAUUGUGGAAUCUGAAUCAGGCAGCCCGCUGCAUUCGCUUUGGAUCGCAUGCGGCACCGGUGUACGGAGUGUCGUGGUCGCCCAAGGGCAACCUGGUGGCCUCCGCCGGCCACGACCGCACGGUGAAGAUCUGGGAACCGAAGGUGCGCGGCGUGUCCGGGGAGUUUGUGGCGCACAGCAAGCCAGUGCGCAGCAUCGACUUUGAUCCGACCGGCCACAUGAUGCUGACGGCCUCCGACGACAAGUCCGUGAAAAUGUGGCGCGUGGCCAAGCGCCAGUUCAUCUCCUCCUUCGCCCAGCAAACCAAUUGGGUGCGAGCCGCCAAGUUCAGUCCAAACGGGAAGAUGAUUGCUACCGUCUGCGACGACAAGUCGCUGCGUAUCUACGACGUGAACACGGGCGAGUGCGUGCGCACCUUCACCGAGGAGCGGGCUGCCCCACGGCAGGUGGCCUGGCAUCCGUGGGGCAACAUGGUGGCCGUGGCCCUCGGCUGCAACCGCAUCAAGAUCUUCGAUGUGGCCGCCAGCCAGCUGCUGCAGCUGUACGUGGUCCACUCUGCGCCCGUCAACGAUGUGGCCUUCCAUCCCAGCGGGCACUUUCUGUUAUCCGGCAGCGAUGACUGCACCAUUCGCAUUCUGGACCUGCUGGAGGGCAGACCCAUCUACACACUGACGGGCCACACGGGUGCCGUUAACGCUGUGGGAUUCUCCCAGAAUGGGGAAAAGUUUGCCACGGGCGGCAAUGAUCGCCAGCUGCUGGUGUGGCAGUCGAAUCUGCACACUUACGACGCCUCCAAGUUCGAGGCCAAGUCGGCCCUGGCCUCCACCAGCUGCGACACGAGCGCAGCCUCCUCCUACCAGCAGAGCAACGCCAGCAGCACAGCCCAGUCGAACGAUCGGAGCAUUCGCAUCGAUAUGCGCCAGUCGCAGGCCUACAAAAAUUUGGAUGAAAACUUCCAGGUGCUUGACAGUGAACACACAAAGCAGCCACAGACACCAAAGAGUGCCAGCAAAUCCUCUUCGGCUACGACUUUAAGUGCUCGUCAGUCGUCACGCGGAAAUAGUUUGGUGGCCAAGGAGUUGGACUUCAAGCCUCGCAGCCCCAGUCCACGCUUCUUCCAAUAGCUUUUACUCCUCUUAGCCUUACUCUGACAUUUUCCAUACGUAAUUAAAGCCAUAACCAGACGAA